AUGAGUACUCUACCAAACCAACAACAAGAUCUUCCUCGUCCGACACAAUUUGAUGAAUUGUCUACGAUUUUCUAUCCUCAACGUCAACAACAAGAAACAACAAGAGUUGGUGGCUCCAUUCAAGAUCACUCUAUCAAUUCCAAUUUGUUCGUAGGAGUGUCGAACAAUACCGGUUUAUUGGAAGAGAUCGUGAAAGAAGGAAUGAAAAGAAGUAAUAAGCGUUGA